ACGUUACCUUCUUGCAACACUUUUAAAAAUGAAUCUUAGGAAUCAAGGUAUAUGGGCGAAAACAUAAUCUUCUUACAAUCCAAGCUCAAGUACAUAUGGGGCAUGUGUAAGGUGUGUAAGGUUUCUGCGCACACCCCUUAAUACGAUUAUGAAUGGUACGGUCCCGAGAAUGUAAUCGCAGGCCGGGUAAGGUGAACCAUUCGGAGACACCGGUGACCAAUUAGGUUGGGCUAUACGUGGGGCUUGCCUGAUUUAAUUAUCUCCGUGUGUGUAUCUGUGGGUUACCCCCACCUUGGUAUUCCACUUGACUGUGUUGCGGCAGGUGGUGUCUGUACGCCGUGUCUACGUGCGGGCCGUGCCGUGUCACCUUGGCUACGGGCGAACGUAGAUCACACACAGGGGCGUUCGCUGCACGACCGACCGCACAAAUUAAGGACGGACAUUACAACUGACCUUUAAGGGAGCCUGACCUUCACAAUUUAAAGGAGCCACCAGAGAGAAAGGGCACCAUGGCACGGACAGGUCCCGUCUGCUUAUGCGUCAUGCUGGUUACCAUGGUGAUGAUCUUGAUGACGUCACACGGUCGAAAUGCGGAUGCGGUUUCCAUUGUAAAGAAAAAUGACGACAGUCCCAAAGAGCGAGGACAGGGGAGGAGCUCAACACUUCCAGCCGUCUUCAAACAGAAAAGAGUUCACCGAAAACACUGGCAGGCCUUUGACCAGGCGAUAUCCAAUGCCAUAGACGGAACUUCAGACGGAAAGACGCAUGUUGGCAGCCACCUGAUGCAGAUAUGUGCACAGACAACAUGUGCGAACAAAUACAAGAAGGUAUCAAAGCAGGACAGACAACUUCAGAUGGGCUCAUCACAUUAUGGGGAGACACCUGUGGGGAGCCGUGUGACAACACUCCUCCUGAUGUCAUCAUGGAUGGGAAGCACUAUGAGAUUCGGCGGCCCAAAGACGUGGAGAGAAUCAUCCAGGACGUACGGAUGGGACGCGACCCGGCAGCCCGCCCGCGAUGGCUCGUCAACCACAGCUCGCUGUCUGAGGCUUUGUAAAAAACUGCAUGUUUAUAAGGGCACAACAAGCUGAUUGAUUUGUGUGAAGGAUCAUUUGUAAAUAGAGAUUAUUAACAUAAUAGAAGCUUUACACGUUAUUUCUGUAAAGAAAGUAAAGUAUUUACAGACAAGCUUUUGAUCAGUCCUCUGGUACUUCUAAAGUUGAAAUGACCCAAAGCCUUUGAUCCAUUGCUGAUGUCAUGCUUCCAUCCAGGUCAUGUGACAUAGUCUGUGGGUCAUUCAAACUUGAGAAGGAUUGGAGAACUUAAAUCUAAAGCUUGUAGGUAAUAAGCAAUUUACUUUGUGUACAGAAAUACUGUGUAAAGCAACUGUUACUAAUGAGUUUGAUAAGUUUGAUCUUGGAUUCAACUGGUAUUUCUGAGCUGUAAAGUCAUAAAUUUUGCUCAGUUUUAUGAAGUGAUAGUAGUCAGAUUUCCUUCUAACUCAUGCUUACUAUACUCUACUUCUACUUUAAUAUGUUUGAGAACCAAGUGAAGUAUAUGUCACCAUAGAAACAUAUCAAAUCAUUCUAAAGAAAACUGCAAUAUAUUACCAUAUAGAAGUGUAUGUGUGUGAAUUACUGCAGGGAUAUCAAAUUACACAAGAUGUAUCAUACCAUACUGUUGAAAUAUACAAAUUUACAUUGUAGAAAAAUAGCAUUAUACUCAAGAAACAUAUGAAAUUACUUAGUACACAGAUGUUUCAAUUACAUGUACUGUAUACACCCCUUGGCAAUUGUUGUAAAUUGUUCACAGGGAUUUUGCAAAGGAGGCACUUGCGGCAUUUUAGCUUUAUAGUUGAAAAAUUGCAGCAGUGCACUAGUAAGGCCUAGAAAAAAUGUUUCUGGUUACCUUUCCAACCCUAACAAAAACCUGACUUCAGCCUUUUUUGGGGUGUACGGCUAGACAGGGGCAUUAAGUGUCCAAUCUGAAAUCUGAGCUCAGUAUGAUGAAUUUUGAAACAGAAUUUUUAUUUUGCAUUAUAAACAGUUAGACCUUUAAAAAGUUUAGUUAAGUGUUGUUAACAUUGCAUUUCCUUUCUCAGUUUAUAUUACUUGUCCUUGUACAAUGUAUAACUACAAAAAGUAUUUGAAAAGUACCAGUUCCUGGUGCAUUACAUUUUCACACUGUUAAACUGUACUUGUUUAGGCACAUUGGCAGAAAAAAAGAGAAUCCCAAGGCCAUAAUCUGAAACACAACAUUAAUUUUCCUAGGCCUUAGAAAGCACUUGCUGAUUGAUUACUAACCUAACACUGGUGACACUUUAGAUUUGGAAUGACACUUGGAUGUACGGAAAUCUAAAGAUACAAAGAGCCAUGCUUGUGUGAUGGUGUAUUCAGCACUAGGGACAGAUACAUGUAAAUACUAAACAACAGCUUAUUCUGGAAGAAAAAUGUUAUCAUCUGUGCUAGUGGGUUAGUUUUCUAAAUGACCAACUAAUAUUCAUCAUCAUCAUUAUCAUUAGUCAUCCUUAUGAUGAGGUGGAACAAGUGAUGUUUGAAGAAUAUUAAGACUUCAAAAAUGAAAAUAGAUGUCAAAAUGCCAAUUAUAUAAAUAUUUCAAACUGUAAUGCCACCAGCACACAUACUUAACUGCAACCUAAAUUCAAAUGCUAGCCUAAAAGUUGCUGCAUUGUUACCUGCUAAGAAAUUGUCGCUAUCUAAGUGUUUAGUCAAAUGCACUUUAUGCUGGUAUCUUUUUAGUUUCAAUGUUGGAAUAAAAAGUAUUUCUCUCUAGUCAAUCAGCUAUGUAUUUAUUUACUUAAAAGUUCAUCUGUGUUGGUAGAAGUCAUUCAGGAUCAGAGCUGACCUGCAAUUUCCAAUUUUUGGACUGUCCAACAUUUCUCCAGUCUUUGUCAAGUAAUGAACAAUCCCCUGCUUGUAAUGACAGAUGAUGAUCACAGAUGAAUGCUUGGUGAGCAGUGAUCAUAAGUUGUAGUCUAUUACAUCCGGUAUAUCUCUUUUGAGGGAUAGUCGAAAUUUUUUUUGUUGGAAAUUAGUUCAGCUUUGAUAUAGCUUUGAUAUAUUUUCUGUUCUGAUUCUUCUGAUACAGUUGAUAACUGUUGUAAGUCAGAACUGAAAACCAUUGCAAAAAAUUCAAAUGUACAGUACUUAAAGCUAUUUUCCAGUGUGCACUUGUGUGUAAAAUUAAUCUUUGCAAAGAUGUUUAACUAAAUCUUUAUGAUGUUUUAAAGAUAGAUAAAAAAAGAAGUAUUCUAUUCAGUAAUCACUUGUUGUUACGUGUAAUUCUUUCAUAGACAAUAGCAUGACAAUCUGUAGUUGUGUUGUUCAUCUUGUUUUAUUCAGACAUGACUUUGUACAUCUUCAAUAGCAAACCAGUUUACAAAAUCCAAGUAGCAAACAAAUUUAGGAAAAUAGCUCAUCAGAUACCCACUACACAUUACAUCAUUCUGAGACCUCACAGAUCAUAGACAUUACAGCUACAUCUAAGGGUAGCAAAAAUUGGAGAUUAUCAAGAAAGUUACUCUACAUAAUUAUUGGCACUUAAUCUCAUGGAAUGAAACAUAGGGAACUUCCACACAUGUUGUAGUGUGUGUCAAAUAAUCUCAACUUUUUUUCUCUCUUAAUUAAAUCAUGACAGGUGACCAAUGACCAUUAAGGAUUCUAGAUAGUGUCACCUUCUCAGCGUACUCAAUGCAAGAAACUAUUCAAUAAAAAUAGGUGCUUUGAAAAAUUUAGAACUUUGAUUUCUCCGAAAAGUCUAACGUUCCACUUGAGUUCACUGAAAGUACAUGCAUGAUUGUGUACUUAAAAUUUGAGCACAUAAUUAUAAAACAAAAAACGGAUAUUUGCAGUGCUUAGACCUGGCUCACAAUAUAAACUGAAAUAUAUUGAGGGCAUCUGACAUUGAGCAUUUUGUUAAAUCUUAAGCUUGUCAGAUUGCAACAAUACCUCCAAAAAAAUCUUUCCUUGCAUUUGCCAUACUUCCACAUUCAAAUGAGAGUUUUCAAAAAUAAAAUACAACCCUAAUGGUGUAAAAAUGACUAAACCAGUUUACUCAUUGACUUCUGAGUCAUACCAGAGAUUUUCUUUUCAAAAUAUUUA